GGACAGGCGACACGACACCGUUUCACCAGCACCGCCAUUUUGCCGCUGUCCUUCCACUCGCAACACUUUCCGAUAUUUAUUGGAGGGGGAGAGAGAGAAAGAGUCAGAGAGAGAAAUAACCGAGGGGAAAAAAAAAGAAGAAGAAAGGGUGAAGAACACAACACUCUCUUCUUUACCAUUUCUCCUUCUUCGUCUUUCAUUGCAGAACCGACGAAGGAGAAAACGACUUUUUCCGCACCUACCCAAAAAAGCCGAAGCCUUCUUCUGUUCCUUCUCCUUUCCCCCACUCCUUAACCCUCAGCUUCCCCAAUCCUUCCCGCCGUCCAUUUCCAGAUCCCUCGCUGCUUCUCGAAUUCCACUUCCAUCCAGCGCUUCAUCGGGGAGGGGGUUUCGUUUCUCUCCGCGGGGUUAGGGUUUUUGAUUUGAGGGGGUAUGGAGUCGGAUGAGGACAAGAUGGUGGACGCCAACGACGUGGAGUCGGUGGAUGACGAUUUCUACAGCGGGGAGUUGGAGGAUGAUUACUACUACAGCGAUGGUGAUGAUGGUGGCGGUGGAGGUGGCGGCGGUGAUGAUGAGGAUGGUCCAGGGUACGAUUUCAUGGCGGAGGCUGCUGAUGAUCUCGUCGAGGAUUCGCUCUACUGGCGCCAGCAGGUGGGGAUUCCCUUUUUACCCAGCUUUGGGAAAGUUGCCGUGAAAUGUGGGGAUUGAAUUAGGAAUUUUCUGAACAUGUGAUGGCAAAUUGAAGUGUUUUCUGGACUUGGGUGCGGGUGGUUGUCUGGUAGCUCUCGACGAGUUAGGUCUUGGAACAGUGCUCGGCUGAUGAAUGAUUGGAAUUUUUCCUUGUAGCUUGGGAUUUUUCUGGGGUUGUGAUGUUUAGCUUGAAACUUGAAUUCUACUCACUUUGUGAAUGGGUGACUCGGUGCGGGGAAAGGAAUCUAAGCCUUUUGUUCUUUUUUUCUGUUUGCAGCAAAGUUACUCGGUAUUGAAGGAGGAUGACAUAAAGCAACGGCAGGAUGAUGCGGUCGCGAGAGUGUCUACCGUCCUUUCCAUAUCAAAAGUUGAUGCAACGACCCUUCUUCGUCACUACAACUGGAGCAUUAGUAAGGUGCACGAUGAGUGGUUUGCAGACGAGGAUGGAGUCCGUAAUACUGUUGGGUUGCUGGAUAGGCCGGUGGCUCCCAUUUCUGAUGUUAGAGAACUCACUUGUGGCAUCUGUUUCGAGUUCUUUCCUCCAAGUAGAAUAGUUUCGGCAGCUUGUGGUCACCCUUUCUGCAAUUCGUGCUGGUCAGGCUACAUAAAUGCCAGUGUUAAUGAUGGUCCUGGAUGCUUGGCGCUGAGAUGCCCUGAUCCGUCUUGUCGUGCUGCGGUUGGUUUAGACAUGGUCAAUAUGUUGGCUUCUGAUGAAGAGAAAGAGAAAUAUGCUCGUUACCUUCUUAGAUCAUAUGUCGAAGACAACAGAAAGACCAAAUGGUGCCCUGCACCUGGGUGUGAAUGUGCUGUUGAUUUCGCUGCGGGUGCUGGAAACUUUGAUGUGUCCUGCCUUUGCUCAUAUAGCUUUUGCUGGAGUUGCACGGAAGAAGCUCACCGUCCAGUGGAUUGUGGAACUGUUUCAAAGUGGAUUUUAAAGAAUAGUGCGGAAUCUGAAAACAUGAACUGGAUAUUAGCAAAUUCCAAGCCUUGUCCCAAGUGCAAGCGACCCAUUGAAAAGAAUCAAGGGUGCAUGCACAUAACAUGUACUCCUCCUUGCAAAUUUGAGUUUUGCUGGCUAUGCCUUGGGUCUUGGUCAGAGCAUGGGGAGAGGACUGGUGGUUUUUAUGCAUGUAACCGCUAUGAGGCAGCUAAGCAAGAAGGAGCUUAUGAUGAGGCUGAGAAGAGGCGAGAAAUGGCUAAGAAUUCUUUGGAGCGAUAUACACAUUAUUAUGAAAGAUGGGCAAGCAAUCAAACGUCGAGACAAAAAGCUCUUGCAGAUUUGCAGCAAAUGCAGAAUGUGCAUCUUGCGAAGCUUAGCGACAUACACUGCACACCUGAGUCUCAGCUCAAGUUCAUAACUGAUGCCUGGCUUCAGAUUGUUGAAUGCAGGCGAGUCUUGAAAUGGACUUACGCAUAUGGGUUCUAUCUACCUGAUCAUGAGCAAGGGAAGAGGCAAUUCUUUGAAUAUCUUCAAGGUGAGGCAGAGUCUGGCCUUGAAAGGCUUCAUCAAUGCGCAGAGAAAGAACUGCAGCAGUUCCUCACUCCCGAAGCCGAUAGACCAUCAAAGGAAUUCGAGGAGUUUCGUACUAAGCUAGCAGGACUGACCAGUGUUACGAAAAAUUACUUUGAGAACUUGGUACGAGCAUUGGAGAACGGGCUAGUAGACGUGGACUCCAAUGGCUCCAGUAGCCGAGCAGCCGGCUCAAAGGAUGCAGGUGGUGGCAAGGGAAGAGCCGGGAGGGGAAAAGCAAAUGCCAGGACGGGAAGAAUUGCAGACGAUUGAUCCCACGGUUGUCAAUUAUCAUCACCUCGGUUCGUCCCAAUUGUAUUCCCUGCUGUUCCUCCUAGUCGAGGACGAUGAGGUUCUGUAAAUAAAUAUUAGCAAGCUGGAGGUGGGCUUGGUUGUGUUGCUGUUGUUUAUCGCAUGUAUAUUUAUAUGUACACCGUGUUGUGCUCGCAGAGACUCUUAUGUUGUACCUCGCGACAUUUCGUUACGAGUCAAACCUUGAAAUGUUAACUAGGGUGUGUUUGUUACAUCUGUAUUGGAGGGCAACGGGUCCUAACGAUCCAUGUAUGCCUCUGAAGCUCUUGUACUGUUGUGACUACUCUUGUACUAACGUCAUCUUUAAGCUCUGCAAGAAAAUGUGCCAUCUUUGUUUCAUUU